AUGAUCAGGGAUGACACUAAGGCAUUGAGCGAGAGGUUGGAUAUAACUGAUGGUAAAGUGGAGAUCAAUAUGAAGAAUCAGUGUGUUAACUUCAAGGAUCUCAAGAGUAGGAUGGCUGCUCUUUCUAGGUCUCAAGGUACUUUGCCUAGCAAUACUCGGCAGAAUCCCAGGCCUCAGUUUAGUCAAGGGCAGAAUCAAGGUCCUAACAAUGGACAGAAGUAUACUCCACCUCCAGUUCGUCAGGAGCAAGCCAAAGCUAUUACCACUCGUACAGGUAGAUCCUAUGACCCUCCUACUAUGCCUAAUGUUGUUGUUUCAGAUGUGCAUGAUUCAGGUAAUGAUGAUGCUGAUGUUGAUGAGGAGAUUGAGAUGGAAGAUAACCCGACCGUGAAGAAUCCAGUCACGCCUCAAAAACCGGUUGUGGAACCCGAGGUUAAGCCAUAUAAGGCAAAGAUUUCAUUUCCACAGCGGUUCAUGAAAGCAAAGUUGAAGGAGCAGUAUGACAAGUUUGGGAUGCCGAAUUAUGCCAAGUUCAUUAAGGAGCUUGUAACGGAUAAAGGAAAGAUGGAUGAGAACCAAAUUCAACCAAAGCUUGAAGAUCCAGGGAGUUUCCUUAUUACUUGUACUAUUCGUACCCUGACUUGUAAGGCAGUUGCUGAUUUAGGUGCUAGCAUUAGUUUGAUGCCUUACUCAUAUCCCAUUGGGAUUGCUGAAAACAUGAUUGUCCGGGUAGGCCAUAUUGUGUUUCCAGUUGACUUCAUUAUCCUCGAAAUGGAGGAAUAUACGAAGGUACCCCUUAUUCUUGGAAGACCAUUCCUUAAUACCGCAGAUGCUAUCAUCCGUGUCAAAGAUAAGGAAAUUUCUUUGGGUGUGGGUACAGAUAGAAUUGUUUUUAAUGUUGAGAGGUCUAUUAAGCAUUCUUAUUCUACUGACGAAUCGUGUUUCAGGAUUGACGUUAUUGAUGAUGCUUUAGACCGAGAAUUUCAGGAACUAAUGGAGACUGAUAUUGGAGAUGAGGAGAUCAUUUGCUUAGGAUCUGGAGAUAUUAAUGAUGAUGACUUGUUUGCAGAGGUUAUGGCGCUUAACUUGGAUGAUACACCUCCUGUGGAUGAGAGUUUUGAGAAGGUUGUUGCUGAUAGAAAUUCAAGGGUACCGAAUUCUGUUGAUGUACCACCCACUGAUCUGGAGCUUAAGCCAUUACCUACCCAUUUGGAGUAUGCUUAUUUGUCAGGUGAAUCUUCUUUACCCGUGAUUAUCUCGUCUUCACUCUCGAGUGACGAGAAGGAUUGUCUUUUGUCUGUGCUUCGAGCCCAUAAGCGGGCUUUUGCUUGGAAGACCACCGAUAUUCCAGUUGUUGAAAAUGAGAAUAAAGAACUUUUGGCCACUAGGACUAUUACGGGUUGGCGUGUUUGUAUUGAUUACCGUAAGCUUAAUGAUGCCACCCGUAAGGAUCACUUUCCCCUUCCUUUCAUUGAUCAGAUGUUAGAGAGACUUGCAGGUAAUGAAUAUUUUUGUUUCAUGGAUGAUUUCUCGGUUUUUGGGGAUUCGUUUCAUACUUGCUUGCAUAAUUUGGAAAAGAUGUUAGAACGGUGUGAGAGUGCAUAUCUUGUUAUGAAUUGGGAAAAGUGUCAUUUCAUGGUGACCGAGGGAAUUGUUUUAGGGCAUAAAUUGUCUAAGGCCGGGAUUGAAGUUGAUAGGGCUAAAAUUGAUGUUAUAGCCAAAUUACCCCCGCUUUCCAAUGUGAAAGGGGUAAGGAGUUUUCUUGGACAUGCCGGUUUUUACCGCCGUUUCAUUAAAGAUUUUUCUAAGAUUACUCGUCCGAUGACCCACUUGUUAGAGAAGGACGUCCCUCUUGUAUUUGAUGAUACUUGUUUAAGUGCUUUUCAGGUUUUAAAGGAGAAGUUGACUAAUUCUCCUAUCAUGGUUGGUCCGGAUUAG